AUGACAGAGCUGGAAGAUGCCACUCCCACGGACGGCAAAAAGGAGCUUCAGAUAAAGACGGCCAGCCCUUCUGGUCCUUCUGUUCGACCUUGCCUGGCGGCGUUGCAGAACCAACUGGACCGCGAGGAAACAUGCCUACAGAGCUCAGGCUCUUUGUGCAGCGUGGGCUAUCUGUCUUCACGAAGCUGGAUCCCGGCAGCAGUGGCUCAGCUCGCCCCGACCUCUGGGCACGAGCUUGCUAAGUACAUCAUCCGCGUCACUCUCGAGGGCCCAGAUCCCUAUGCGCCCCGGGCUCCCGCGACUCCGAUGCCCUUCAAUUCGAUGGACUCCAUCGAGCCCUUUGAGGACGCGACCGACACAAAAGUCGUUGAGUUCUGGAGGCGAGUACGCUUUGAGGACAUUGCGGAGGUGGUCCAGUUUAUUUCGCCUGAGCCAAUUCUCAGCGUGGCGGCCGGGGGCCUUGGGUCAGUUUUGGGCAUCGAGCACUUCGGCGACGUGCUCCGGAACCUCACGGAGAAUGACGAGAAGGCGCAGCGAGCCUCCCUGAACGGCCUGCUGGCACUGCCGCGGCGCGAGCGUUUGAAAGGGGUUCGGAGGUGCCUGGGCGAGCUGGAAGAGGACCUGCUGCAGCGGAUCCCACCCGGCCAUGCUCAGACGCUGACUCGGGAGCUGGCACUGGCGCUGGACCCGGCCGCGAGAACACAGAGCCUGAGUGCCGGCUCCGUGGGGUUCCCUACCAGUCCCUCCACCAAGGAGGCGAAAAGGAAAACUCCCACCUCGGGCCUGGUGACCUUGGUCCGCUUGGAUCUGGACCUUCAGGUCUCCGGGCGCUGCUGCGUCAACGCUCGGCUGAACUGGUCGGCCCAACUCACGGUCCUGACGCUGCCCUCCUUAAAGGAGUUGGUGGCUCGGGUCUGCGCCAAGUCGCAAGAUGCUUUGAAAGGAAAGUCGGACAGUGAGUCCCAAGAGUACCAACAGCGCCUGCAGGAGGAGCUGUUUGCUUUCAUUUCCUCUGGUACAGACUUGAUGAGGAAGCGUUUCAGCCCGUCGCAUUAUCCGGAGGUCCAGCAGUGGCUCCGAGAGGGAUACACUGUGCGGAGCGUGCAGGCCACGCCGGUACAAGGGGAGGAGUGCAGCGUAAGCUGA